AUGCCUGGCCGUCUUGAACACAAAGUCGCUCUCAUCACCGGUGCUGGAUCAGGAAUCGGGUUGGAAUCAUCCAUUCUCUUUGCCAAAGAAGGCGCUAGCGUCCUCAUGACGGACAUCAAUUUCGAGGCCGCAGAGAAGGGCGCCGCAUUGAUAGCGACCAAAGUUCCCAAUGCCAAGAUUGUAACUUUGAAAACCGACGUCAGCAAGGAAGAGGACAUCAAGGCUGCCGUAGAUAAGGCCGUGAAGGAGUUCGGUCGUCUGGACGUGAUGGUGAGCUAUGAUCCGGAUAGAAUCAUGCACCCGGCUGAUGAUAAUGCCUUGAAUACGGAAGAGAGGAUAUGGGACCUGACGAUGCAGAUCAAUCUGAAGGGCGUCUGGUGGGGGUGUAAAUACGCCAUUCUAGCUAUGCGCGAGAACCCUACAGAUGUUUCCAAGGGCCUACACACGGGAGGCAGUAUCAUCAAUACAGCAAGUUUUGUCGCGUUGAUGGGGGCCGCAACUCCGCAAUUAGCAUGUAAGGAAUUAGCUAUGGUUCAUGCUCGUGAAGGUAUCCGAGUGAACUCCAUUUGCCCAGGACCUCUCAAAACUCCCCUUCUUAUGGACUUCCUCAACACCGCCGAAAAGCGGGACCGUCGUAUGGUGCAUCUGCCUAUGGGCCGGAUUGCCAAAGGAGCGCUGUUCCUGGCCAGCGACGACAGUAGUUAUAUGACGGUAAGAGUCUUAACCUCAGCAUACGUAACGCCUCUUGGAGAGCAGAUCCUGCCGCCUCCGACAAGUCUUACCAAGUAA